ACCAAGGGGGCUGCAUGCACCCCCUCCCUUAGACGUAGCUCCGCCACUGUUUAGAACCACCAAUUAACAAGAUCCAAACUUUGACAUUAACCCCAAUAGCCGACGUUACAAAAGAGACCGUCGUUUCAUGUAUCGCAUUAAGUAUUUUACUAAACUACAUUUUAACUUAUGAUCGCGAAAACUCAAACAUGGAAGAUCUACCACUAUAAUACGUGUGAUGUCGGGAACAAAAUGCGAGAUCACAAAAUUUUCAACGUGUAAUCAUGAUGAUAGCUCUUUUUCAAAAAAAAUUUGAAUUUCCAGACGGAGGGGGAAAAAUCGUUCGGCCGAUCCGAGCGGCUCGAACGGUUCCGGCCGCUCAAAACCGCCCUUUCCAACCGCUGCAGUUAUUUGACCGUACCAAGCAAAUUCGGUGGUCGGGUAUCAAUUUUACCGGUCGGACCGACCGGUUCUGCUCGAUUUGAAUAACACUGCUUAUAAGUCACAACAUCGACGUGUUUGCGUUGACUUUUUAUGCGUGGAUUACAAUGACUUACUUUUCGUCUACUAGGUCUGACUGGGCCUGCAUAAUAUCAUAUCGGGCUUUCCAUCUGCUUCCCAGCCCCAAAAAAACCAUUGGCCCAAUUAUGCAGCCCACUAUGGAAUAUCCAGACUCGCAACUGCUGUGUGGAAACUAGGGUUUGGGCGGAGCUUAUAUUCCGAUUCCUCUCUUACGGCGAGCUGUGGAGCUUCCAUCAGGGCAUCUCUUGCUGGUACCGUCCUCUAUUCCUUUCCUCUACUUCAUCCCCUUCGUAUUUUUUUUUUCUCCCCGUUCGAUUCUGCGCAACAGAUCAUCGUUUUUGUUGCUUCUGAAUCGUCGAUUUCUGUCCUUGAUCUUCGUUCCCGCCAUUUCCUUUGCUUGCCAUUGUUCAUCGCAAUUCUUCUAAUUUGUCUACGGAUCGCCGCUCUUUUGUCUUGCAGGUAGUGAAGGUUCCCGCAACCAUGAGUAAGCUUCAGAGUGAGGCACUGAGGGAGGCAAUCUCGACGAUCAGGGCUAAAUCAGCAGAGAAGCCACGCAAGUUCACAGAGACUGUGGAGCUCCAGAUUGGGCUGAAGAACUAUGAUCCUCAGAAGGACAAGCGUUUCAGUGGGUCAGUUAGGUUGCCCCACAUUCCCCGCCCCAAGAUGAAGGUGUGCAUGCUUGGAGAUGCCCAGCAUGUUGAAGAGGCAAAGGCACUGAAUCUGGAAUACAUGGAAGUGGAGAGUUUGAAGAAGCUCAACAAGAACAAGAAGCUGGUGAAGAAGCUUGCAAAGUCAUACCAUGCAUUUUUGGCCUCUGAAUCUGUUAUCAAGCAGAUUCCUCGUCUUCUUGGCCCUGGCCUGAACAAGGCAGGAAAGUUCCCUACCCUCGUCUCCCAUCAAGAGUCCCUGGAGGCUAAAGUGAACGAGGUCAAGGCAACGGUGAAGUUCCAGCUGAAGAAGGUCUUGUGCAUGGGCGUCGCUGUUGGAAACUUGGACAUGGACGAGAAGCAGAUCUUCCAGAACGUUCAGAUGAGCAUCAACUUCCUUGUCUCCCUGCUGAAGAAGAACUGGCAGAAUGUUAAAGUGCUGAACUUGAAGACUACGAUGGGUACUCCCGUGAGAAUCUUCUGAGCAGGCGCCGGGUGGUGGUCUCUUAGGAUAUUGUUUUAGUGGGGGGCUGUGUAGGAUUUGAAAAGAAACCAUAUAGGCUUGUUUGGCACCUGGGAAUGUUGUUACAUCAGAGAGUGCAGAAGGUUGGUGGGACUUGCAGUUCGUUAAGAAAAUUGUUCUUUCUCCGCUACAUUGUUUACUUUUAGUGCCAACACUUUUAUGAACAUACUGCAGAAAGAGGAAGCUCAAUUCUUCUUCCUCAUAUUUUGCCUUGCGAUUUAAAGCUUCUUGUAUGGUCCCAUGGACCUAUUAGCUAUAUAUAUCCGCUUGGCUGCAAAGUUAGGCUUGCCCUGUUGCUAAUCAUAUAAUCUACGAGUUAUUAGUACCAACUACCAACGAUUGUGAAACCGUUUUGGAACAGUUUCACGUCACUAAAAUUAUCUAUAACUU